ACACCCCUCAACCCCACCCCAAAGUCAAGGUCGACCAGGUGCCUGUCCCCUGAUGUCGAAAUAAAACCUAACCUAAUCUUUUGAUGAUUUUGGUUUUGUAUUUGUCAAUUGCCGCUCUCGUUCUUUUGAAAUUCAUAAGCUUUCCGCGAUAACACAAUCUCUUCCUUGUUCUGCUUUUCGUUUGAGUUUGCAUAUGGAUCCUGUAGCUUCAGUGGUGGAUAAAUUAAAAGGUUUCGCUAAAUCAGGUCAAGACUUGGUUGAAGGUCUCCUUUAUCGCCGGCAAAAUUUAUCCCGCCGCAUUCCGGUAGCAACCUGCUGUUUCAUUGGGUUUUAUUCCGCUGAUGAUAUUUUCAGAUUGAAAUCUUGAAGCGGUUGCAACGAGAAGCAUUUUCAGAUCUGAUGAAACUCAGGGAUAGACAAGACAAGGUGGAGAAAAUGCUUUCCUUUUACAAAACAUUUAAAGGAAAUCCAUUCCAAGAAGCUAGUACCCAUGUCAGGGGAGAGUUUGAUGUCCUUGGAGCUGUAUUGUUGAUGGAUGAUAUUGACCAUCAGCAAUUUGAUGCACUUGAUAAAGCAGGGAUCAGACCUGGAAUAUAUUCAAGGUUUACUUUUGAAACAACAAUUCAUCAGAAAGAUACUCUUAUAGCUGAGUUUGUGGCCAAUCAGAAAGGGAACAGACACCUGACUGAUGUCUCAGGAAGCCCACUUUCACUAAAUAAAGUGUAUUAUAUGGCAAAUAUUAGUGAUUGGUUUUCUGCUAUUGCUAUCCCAGUUGGAGCUCAAUGCAGAGACAUUGAUUUUGCUGCCAAUUCUUUGCUUCAGGGAAGGGAGAGUGAUUUUUCAUGGUCUGGACCGCCCCUUCUGAAUCAGCACAAAGGAAGCGCCAUUGGCUUAACAAUUAAGAAGUCAAACAUCGUAGCUUCAUUGGCUGAAUCUAUCUCCGGACUGGAAAUGCAACAAGGCUCUGAUGCCAUUGGGCAUUGUUUCAGCACCUUUGGGCAACUAAUCUGCCAACUUCCUGGAGGAACAAAACUCUCUCUUUUGGGUCUUCACAAGGUUCCCAAAUUGUCUAGUACAUGUUUCGGUCUUGGAGCCCUUGCUAUUCCCGUAGGGCUUCUUAGACAUAAUAGAGCUCCUGAGAGAGUUGAAGCAUCUGUUGGACCCGUUGGAACACUCUCAGAUGAUACUGUCUCAACUAGAUUCAUUUCCCUGAAGCUAGAAUCAGAACUUGAUGAAUGUACAAAAGUUGGGGGCUGGGUUGAGAUGAAAAACUCAAAUCCAAAGCAUGUAGAGUGGGGCAUCGCCUUGUCCGAUAAUUCUGAAGAUGAAUUAGGGUGGGGCAUGAGUGUCGGAGGGAUGAUCGGCGGUCCCGAAAACUGGGAUCAAUUUCAAGUGGAAUCCCAUCUAAAAUUGAAUAUAGCUAAGAGAUUCAGCUUGAAGCCAGGCAUUGCCUAUGUAGCCAAUGAAAAUGGAAGAACAAUCGCUCUUACUCUUCGGUCUAACUGGUCCAUCUGAAGUUGAUUUCAGCAAUCUUGUCUGCAUUUGGAAAACCAUAAUUAAAUCUCCUUUCUGGUAUAUAACCUGAGAGAUCAAUGUUCAUUUGAUUACGCGUUUGAUGAACAAUCAAUUAUU